UUCACCUCUCGAUCGAGUUCCCCAAAAAGCCCACCGCCAAGCUUUGACUAGCGACCUGCAAGGACCAAGACGGGCAGCGAAUCCGGUGGAGGUGGCUUUUUUAGGACAUGUGAGAGAUCUAUUUCAAUCAACUAAAAAACACCCGCCCUUUGGAUACCUACAGGAGAGAUACUGCUAUAUCUGUCGCACACGCAGCAUCUGAGCUCGUGUUCUUGCAUCGCGGUCGCAAUGGAAGACUAUUUGUUUCGACAUUACGUUGACCAGUGUCGCGUUGUCAAAGAAGAGACCAGCUACAUCCAGGUCUUCAAUUACUCGGAUCCGUUCUAUGAUGUCUGCGAGGAGCACCCCUUGCCCGAUGAUGAAUUUGACAACUUUCUUCAUCAAAGGGGUGCCUUUGCGCCGCCAGAUCAUCUGAGGUCUGGCACCAAGCUUCUCAGUGGUGUACGAAUAAUAGUUCAAAAGAACGCCAAGCAUCCCGAUACGUUUCUCCCAAAGGUUAUCUCACUUCCGCCGGAUAGAUACAGUUCCAUGGUUCGUACCUUGAACUUGCCACAUCGAGGAAUCGAAACGACUUCAGUAGUUGGUCCUUUUUUCUGGUCUGCUCACGACCAGGAUGAAGACGAGCCCCAUUUGCAAAUUGUCCACCGUAAAUCAGAUGUUCUCAAGAAAGGGAGAACACGAGGCUGGGAGAUGCUUCUCUCACAUUCCCUCAAGACCGGGGUCACCACCGGCUUCAUCAAAGGCACUCCCAGCUCAGAAGUUGAAAAGUCCUUGACUCAUCUCAAAGCAUGUGCUAACCAAGUUGGACAUCCCAUGUUACUCCCCAUCAUCAUCCUCACGUAUGAUCUAUCUCCCGAAAAUGACGAGAAACAACGAAAGGCUCGGCACUGGCUUCGCCGUCUCGAAAAUGCCGUGAGUUUGCGCAAUGAAGUUGAGGAGCAGGAACAGUACUUUCAAAACGGAUUUAUCGAUAUCGAUGGUCUAAGUCGUGAUCUGGUUGAGUGCCACGGCAAUGUCAUGUGGAAACGACCUCAAGCAUAUGAAGCACUAGUCAAAGAGAUGGAAAAGGCCAUGGAAACCUUUCGUUUCGCUUGGAUGACACUGGCUCCUGCGGCCGAGGAGCAAAUUGAAGCUGAAAGAAAGCACCGCAAGGAAAUUCAAAAAUUGCAUCGAAGUAUGGCAUCUCGUUUGGACUUUUACAAAGUCAAGCUCAAAGGCUUGGAGAAUUACAUUCAUACAACUCUCGAGAGACUCAAGGUUCAGCGGGAAGCGCUCUAUAAUAUCAUGUCACAGCGUGAAGCGAGACUGAACCUUGAAAUUGCAGGAGAGCAGAGGCGAAUAGCCCAUGCUAGUAAGCGAGACAGUACGGCUAUGAAGACAUUGUCGCUCAUGGGUGCCCUAUUUUUACCCGGAACAUAUCUCGCAUCCGUAUUCAGCAUGACAUUCUUUGACUUUGGAAAAGAUGCCGACCCUGUCAUUUCUGUUGAGCUUUGGGUAUACUUUGCCAUAACGGUUCCCGUAACGGCGCUGAUAGUCGGAGCCUGGACGUUUAUCGACAAACGUCGCCAAGAGCAGCACAAAAAGGACGACGCAGACCUGGAGAAGAAUAUCGACAAGAUGGAAAAGGAGAUCAUGUUUGCCCUUAGGAAGCGGACAAUGAGUAAAGCCAAUACCUGGAACACUGUCAGCCCACCCCCGAAGCCAUGAGGAAGAGGAAGCCACUGCUUGAAAUUUUGAUGCCAUUAUGGAAAUUCUUGGCCACAACGCGAUUUACGACUCAUGAACACAAUGACGCCAUUUGUGACGAUAUGGACGACUUCACUUCAUAGAUAAAACCAAAUUUGACGAACACGAUGCAUUAUAUAUAUAUAUAUUUUCG